GUCACCGGGGCUUCUCUGAGUCUGAAUAGGUCUCCGCCGCACACACACUCCCUUCUCUGAACAGGUCUCCGCCGCACACACUCCCUUCUCCUGUUCCACGGCUACAUGCUAACUCAUAAACUCUGUAGCACUACUGCUAGCCUCGGCUCGCUGCUUCAUUUCAUUAAGAAGCGUUCGCGCUGAUUUGUUUCACAGUCUUCAAACAUGUCUAAAGGCAACCUUCCAACGGACAAGACAAUACGUUCACAGUAAAGUUACUUGAGGAUGGAGCUGUCUGUCCGGCUGGUGGUGCUGCAGCAGCUGUGGGAGGGCUGCGGGGUCAGCACGGUGCAGCAGGGGGGGCAGCAGCUGGGGGGGCUGCUGCUGCUCUGCCUGGCCUGCAGACUCUGUUUCAGACUGGGAGGUGAGUCCACUGUGAAGCAUGUAGUGUCCGUGCUGGCGGGGGUGUACGGCCUCUUCCUGUUCUUCCAGCUGCACAUGCUGUGGGUGCUUCUGCUCAGUGUGCUCUGCUACCUGGUUCUGCUCCUCAGCCAACACUCCAGCAGCAGAGGCGUCUUCCUCUCUGUCUUCAUCCUCAUCUACCUCCUUGUUGGAGAGUUGCAUCUGAUUGACAUGGUGACCUGGCAUAAAAUAAGAGGCUCUCAGAUGGUGGUGGCCAUGAAGGCCAUCUCUCUGGCCUUUGACCUGGACAGGGGGGCCGUGAGCUGCCUGCCCUCCCCAGCUCAGUUCCUGGGCUACGUUCUCUUUGUGGGCACUGUAGUGUUCGGCCCUUGGAUAAGCUUCUCCACUUAUCAGAACGCCAUUGAGGGCAAAAAGCUGAGCUGGCGCUGGCUGGGCAGCUCCUCCCUCUGCCUCCUGAAGAGUCAGGUCUGCCUGCUGGUCUCCACCUGCGUCGCCCCCUACCUCUUCCCUCUGUUCAUCCCCAUCCAUGGAAACACAAUCACACAGAAGUGGCUGCAUGCGUAUGAGAACGCAGUGUCCUUCCACUUCAGUAACUACUUUGUGGGUCACCUCAGUGAAGGCACCAGCAUGCUGGCUGGAGCGGGGGCCACUGAAGAGAAGGACCACAUCAGAUGGGACAUGAGUGUGGUAAAGCCUCUCAGUGUGGAGAUGCCCCGCUCCAUGGUGCUGGUGGUGACUUCCUGGAACAUUCCCAUGUCUCGAUGGCUGAAAACCUAUGCCUUUAAAAACGCCAUGAAACUGGGGACUUUUCCUGCCAUCCUGGUGACAUACACAGCCAGCGCUCUGCUGCAUGGGCUGAGCUUCCAUCUGGGCGCUGUGCUGCUGUCUCUGGGCUUCAUCACAUAUGUGGAACAUGUUCUGAGAAAAAAGCUUGCCUCCAUCUUCAGUGCCUGUGUCCUCUCCAGGCCCUGCCCCCCCGACUGCAGCCAUCAGCACAAGAAGGACUACUGGGUGAUGUUGCUGAACCUGGUUUUCAGCCUCCUGGCCAUCUUCCACCUCACCUACCUGGGCUCUAUGUUUGAUCCUGGACUUGACGAACAGGAAGUAGAAGAGGGUUACACUGCCAUCCACACCGUCCAGAGGUGGUCCGAACUGAACUGGGCCAGUCACUGGGUCAUGUUGGCAUGCUGGGUCUUCUACCGUUUGAUCCUGUGACGUGACGGAAGCAGACACCAAAUACUUCAUAAUGCAGUGGGGUUGUGUGGGGAGGGUCACAGACAGAGUUACUGAGCACAGAGGAACCACCUUAUUACACUGUAUGAGUGGAGAUGAACUGCAGAAAAUGAUCCAUUGAUUUGAUUCCAUUGACAGUAUGAAGCAUAGAACAGGUGAACUGUAUAUACUGUACACACAUAUACUGUAUGCUGUAGAAUUAGUCUUGCUGUUAUGUUGCUGAGGUCCUUCUCCAAAAGCAUUUCAGCAGUUUAGCAUGCUUAGACUGAUGAACAUUUAUUAAGGGUCCAUAACAUUUCAUAUGUUCUUCUGUUACAACUUUUUAUUACAGCUGCUAUGUGUUUAUUAUUAUUAUUAUUACUUCUUCUCUUAAAUGGUUCCUAACUGCAGAUAGCAUGGUGACAGACUGACAACCUGAACUCUGGUAUUAUAUUGUUUUCUAUCUUUUAUUAUAAUCACCUACCUCAUUAAAAAAACUUGGUGAAUAAUCAUA